GCGUCAUCGCUGUCAUAUAGAUUUGCGAUGAUUUGUUGGAGUCGGAUAGAUAUGUUUUUCAAUUAGUGAAAAAUCUAAAUUUACUUCCAAGAUGUCUUCGUCAGCAAUUUAUAUAUUGGACGUAAAAGGCAAAGUUCUCAUUUCGAGGAACUACCGGGGCGAUGUGGACAUGGGUGUGAUAGACAAGUUCAUGCCCCUUCUGAUGGAAAAGGAGGAAGAGAGUAUGUUGACGCCAUUGCUGCAGACUAGUGAUUGUACUUUUGCAUAUAUUAAGACGAAUAACUUGUACAUUGUAUCAACUACAAAGAAGAAUGCAAACAUAGCACUGGUAUUUGUAUUCCUAUAUAAGAUAGUUGAAGUAAUGACUGAGUAUUUUAAAGAGCUUGAAGAGGAGAGUAUCCGCGACAACUUUGUAGUUAUUUACGAGUUGCUCGAUGAGUUAUUAGAUUUUGGAUAUCCCCAAACUACUGACAGCAAAAUCCUUCAGGAGUAUAUAACACAGGAGGGUCAUAAAUUAGAAAUGCAGCCUCGCAUUCCUAUAGCAGUCACUAAUGCUGUUUCCUGGAGGUCUGAAGGUAUUAAGUACAGGAAGAAUGAAGUAUUCUUAGAUGUUAUUGAAUCUGUUAAUUUGCUUGCUAAUUCAAAUGGUAAUGUUCUAAGGAGUGAGAUAGUUGGUGCUAUAAAAAUGAGGGUUUACUUGUCUGGCAUGCCAGAAUUAAGACUUGGGCUGAAUGACAAAGUACUUUUUGAGAGCACUGGCAGGGGAAAAUCCAAGUCUGUUGAGUUGGAAGAUGUCAAAUUUCAUCAGUGCGUCAGAUUGUCUCGUUUUGAAAAUGACAGAACCAUUUCAUUCAUUCCACCAGAUGGUGAAUUUGAAUUGAUGUCAUAUAGAUUAAAUACACAUGUCAAGCCUUUAAUUUGGAUUGAGUCUGUUAUUGAACGCCAUGCUCACUCUAGAGUUGAGUAUAUGAUAAAGGCUAAGUCUCAGUUCAAGAGACGUUCUACAGCAAAUAAUGUUGAAAUAAUAAUCCCAGUGCCGGCUGAUGCUGAUUCUCCAAAAUUCAAGACUACAAUUGGAAGUGUUAAGUAUACUCCAGAACAAAAUGCUAUAACAUGGUCUAUUAAAUCAUUUCCUGGUGGUAAGGAGUACUUAAUGAGAGCUCACUUUGGCUUGCCAUCGGUUGAAUGUGAAGAUACAGAUGGUAAACCACCCAUCCAAGUUAAAUUUGAAAUUCCAUACUUCACAACCUCUGGUAUCCAGGUCCGUUAUCUAAAAAUCAUUGAAAAGAGUGGAUAUCAAGCACUCCCAUGGGUUCGAUACAUCACUCAGAAUGGAGAUUAUCAGUUAAGAACUAACUAAUAAAACUAAGUCCGUUUUUGUUACAUUCCUUCUAUAUUUAAGUUGCACCUAGUAUGUAAUCAUAAUCAAUAUUGUAUUUGCAAUUUUAACUUAAUUGUAUUUUAGAAGUAUUAUUGUGUAAGAAUUAUUUGACCCUGUAAUAAAAUGUUAACAAAGUUA